UGGAGUGAAUCCAGUCUCCUCAGAGGCUGGCCAACGAGCCAGAAGAGGCAGCCCCCUUCUUCUGCUGCUGCUGCUGGAGGUGGUGGGGUAACACUUCUGGAGGCGAUGCGGUAAAGCCUUGAAGGAGGAGAGAGGCAGAGAGACACCUCCUGAUGGGGAGCCGCUGAUUGACAGAGAGAGAAGCAGAAAGAGAGAGUGCGGAAGCAGCCCUUGGUGAGGAAGCCAAAGAGGAGGAGGAGGUGAGACGAGUGACUAGCAACGGAGAAGAAUAGGUGGUGGUACAGUCCGGGUGUAGACCCUCUUCCUCCAGGCGCUCGGUAGAGAUGGAUCCGCAUUCAGCUCUUAACAACAUGACUUGGCUUGUACUUUCCCUCCUGCUCCUGCUCGGAUGCCAAAAUAGUCUUUGUCAGCAGUCGUCGGAAGCUCAAAAAGAGGAGGACGCCAACGAGGACAGCACGGUUUUCACCAGGAUCCUGGACAGCCUCCUGGAUGGCUACGACAACAGGCUCCGCCCGGGACUCGGAGAAAAUGUGACGGAAAUCAAGACGAACAUCUUUGUCACCAGCUUCGGUCCUGUGUCUGACACAGAGAUGGAAUACACCAUAGACGUGUUCUUUCGUCAAAGCUGGAAGGAUGAGCGUCUCUGCUUCAAAGGCCCCAUGGAGAUGCUCCCAUUAAACAACCUGCUGGCUAGCAACAUCUGGACUCCUGAUACCUUCUUCCUCAAUGGUAAGAAGUCCAUCGCUCACAACAUGACCACACCCAACAAGCUGCUGAGACUGAAGGACGACGGAACCCUGCUCUACACAAUGAGGUUGACGAUCUCAGCAGAAUGCCCCAUGCAACUGGAGGACUUUCCCAUGGACGCCCACGCCUGCCCGCUCAAGUUUGGCAGCUAUGCCUAUCCAGUAUCAGAGGUGGUCUACACAUGGACUCAAGGAGCUGCCAAGUCUGUUGUUGUGGCAGAAGAUGGUUCCAGACUCAAUCAGUACCAUCUCAUUGGACAAACAGCUGACACAGAGGACAUACGCACCAGCCGAGGACAAUACACUGUGAUGAUGGCACACUUCUACCUGAAGAGGAAGAUCGGAUAUUUUGUCAUCCAGACGUACAUGCCAUGUUUCAUGACCGUAAUCCUGUCCCAGGUGUCGUUUUGGCUCAACAGAGAGUCCGUUCCCGCGCGGACUGUGUUUGGGGUGACUACGGUGCUGACUAUGACCACACUCAGCAUCAGCGCCAGAAACUCGCUUCCCAAAGUAGCCUACGCAACAGCCAUGGACUGGUUCAUUGCUGUCUGCUAUGCUUUCGUCUUUUCAGCUCUUAUCGAGUUUGCCACAGUGAACUACUUCACCAAAAGGAGCUGGGCCUGGGAUGGCAAGAAAGCUCUGGAAGCACAGCACCCUAAGAAACGAGACCCAAUGGUGCUCUCAAAAAAGGCCAACAACGUUUGCUCGGCAGGUGUCAACUACACCCCAAACCUUACCAAGGACGCGUCCAUCUCCACCAUCUCCAAUACGACGUCGGUGCAGCUGCGGGGCUCAGAGAGCAAACUGGUGGACCCCAAAAAGACAUACAACAGCGUCAGCAAGAUCGACAAGAUGUCGCGAAUAGUGUUCCCCGUCCUCUUCGGAACCUUCAACCUCGUCUACUGGGCCACAUACCUGAACAGAGAACCGAUGGUGAAAGGAGUUGUCGCUUCCACAUAAUCGCUUUUUUUUGUUUGUUUGUGUGUUUUUGUGCAGGGUUUAUUCUUUCCGAAACUGAAUUUGUGUAAAAGAAGAAAGGGUUUGAUCCCAAUCAUUCUCUGCUUUAGAAAAAGACAAGUGAUAAAGCAAACAUCUGCGCUUGAAGAACAAAGAACCAUCUAUCUAAUUCAGGCAACCUGAAUGGAUGCAAGGCUGCAAGAGUUUUCCUUUCCUUUUCUUGAGGCCUAAAAAAAAACUGCUCGGUAAUGAAGAAACUGCUUUAAAGAAACAGGCGAGUGGCGGCUUUGCUUCCUUCUUGUCUAUCCUGCUGCAGUUUGCAUGACGUUCUCUUAAACUGGAAACUGUGGACUCCUUUGUCUUAAAUACCGACCAUGUAUAUGUCAUCGCUUAAAGUGCAGAGGCUCACUAAGUUUGGAUUGAAAAGUUAAUUUGAAGAGUAAGCAAUGAUGUGAGUAUAUUAAUUUAGCAUUUCUUUUCGCCGUCCACGUGAUGUUAUGUUCCAUUGUACUGCUUCAAAACCCUUAGACACAAGCCUAGAAUCUCAAAAGUGAGACAAACAAAUAAGGAAACCUGAGAGUUACAUACAAGUCCUCAAUAUUUACAUAAAAAUUUAGUAGAGCAAGAUAUAGAGCAAGAAUAUUCGCACAUCUUUUGCCUAAAAGGUGAAAAAAUAGCUGUGAGAGACGGGUUAGCACAGUUCGGGGAAUGGGUAUAUGUGAUUUAAAUGAAAUUUUAAGCCUCGCUAACUCAGUCGUGAAACUAAUAUACACCGCUGAGAAGCCAGUUACCUGAAAAGCAAUGUGUCACAUACAAAUCAGCAGUGAUGUGGAGCGUUCCAAGACUGUGAUUCUGUGAAGUGACCUGGAUUCAAGAAGCCUUUAAAGCAUCCUUGAGCAAAACACUGUGGCGCUAAAAGCUCCAGGAGAUUUUGCUUUCAGUUCGACUGCGGCUAAAAAUAACAGCCGACUCUUCAUCGUUGUACAAGUAGAUCAUCAAGUAAGACAAAUUUGGGUUUGACUUUUAAUUAAUUGUGCAUUUGUAAACCUGAAUAUGCCCCGAUAAACUGGUAAUGCUCAGUGUAAAAUGUUUCAAGAGCUACAGCGAUAGAGAACUGUAAACAGACACAAUAGCCUUUAAAAGUCAGUGUUCAAUCUCAAGAGUUUUUAGGUCAAACUUUAUAAAUAUGACCUCUUACUUUAGUUUUACACAUCUAACCCCCAAUAUAGAGUAAUCACCCUAUUUUCAGUUUUCUUUAGUAAGCUGGGUUUAAGACUUAGGUUUUAUAAACAACUUGCAUCUAAAAAUUUCUUUAAAUGUUUUGCAGUCACCUCUUUUGUUUUGUUUCAGUGGAGUAAUGAACCCAAUGUGAUUACUCUUCUAUGUCUAAGGUUAAACAGGCCUCUUUACUGGCCAACUAGAUAUCAAGCUUCUCAGCUCUGCUGCUAAAUUGUAGAUAAAAUCAGUUUUUAAAGACGUUCUCUGUGCCUGACAAUCUACAAAACAAAUUUUUUAUUUUUUAUUUCUUAGGCUUUAAUAUAUUCUUUAACAUAUGCUAGUAAAAGAUAUCAUCAUAGCUAUGUUCCUCCCUUUUUGUUUUGUCACAGAGCUCAGUCUGCUGAAAGAAAACUCCUCAAAAAUUAUUGUGUUUUCUCUGUAUUCUCUUCCUUUUCUAGCAAUGUAAUGAAUGUAUUUAAAAUUGACCAUUUUUAUUCAAUAGGUUAUAUAAAAGAUAGUAAAAAAAAAGGCUUUCUUACUAGCUAGUGAUUUAGGAAACUCACAGCUGCUUACAGUUUGAUAAAGCCUGUUUUAUAAAGGGGUUCUUUGUGCCUGACUUUCUAAACAUCCACUAUUUUCUAUUUUAAAAGUCAUCCCCUGACAUAAAAGAGUAAAAGCUAAAAGCUUAGUGUUUUAUGUUUGUUGCUAUUUUUCCGUUCAGUCUGCAGAAGAAACAUACAUUACAUUUCAUUUUCUCUUUUCUGUGCCUUUUAUUUUCCCCAACAUGUCAUUGUCAAGGAAUGUACAUAAAAUUUAAUAACUAAUAAUGAUAAUCAAACAGAAAAGUUCUACAGAAGUGGGUUAACCAAGUCUUUACUAGCUAUUUAUUUAGGAGGCUUGUGAGAUCAGUUACUAGGGGAUGAAAUCUGUCUUUAGAGGUUAUUUGUGCCUAGCUUUUGACAAAGUUUUAUUUUGUAGGUUAAUCUAUGACAUUCACAAGAAAAAAAAGAAAAGAAACUCCAAGGCUGACUUUGAAUUUAUUAGGCGUAUGCUCUUCUCUUGUAUCUUUUCCCUCAAGUUUUGUGUGCUUUUACUUCACUCUGUUCUUGAUGUUUGUGAAACAAAACAGACAUUUGAGCUUUUUGUGUAUUUUCUCCUCUAACUGAGGUUGUGUGAGGAGAGGUUUGGGAUCAAGGCCAAGGACCAGCUUCUGUGUCGGGACACUCAGGAACAAAAAGACCAACGUUUGCAGCCAACAUGAUGCCUCUCAAUUUACGCCUCUUGAACCGCAUCAUAUCGAAGACUGUACUUUAUUGGCCAUUUUCUUGGUGAACUUCAGGGCAGAUAAUAAUGUAUGCGAGUCUGAAAAGGCUUUAACUGGGUCUUAAGUUGGCUUUAGGAAAACGGCUCCAAAUGUACAACACUGAUGACCCAUGUGGGUCCCGAUUUUACCUGCAUCACAUCUUUAAGAGCAACUAGCAAACUCGUGAACAAACUCAUCUGAUGACCAUUUCUCAUUCCAUUUCCUAAACAAAAGGGCCCCAUAAACAUUUUUGCCUGCGAACAUCAUAACCAGUUUCCUUCCUACAAAUUCCCAACUUCUCACCACCACCGUACCUAAUUUACAUUUAAUGAAGACAAUUGUAUGAUAUUGUGACAGAUAAAAGCUUAGAUCCUGAAAGAAUGUGUACUUUCUUUUUUACAAUAGCUACUUUGCCAAUCAGCUCCUACAGCAUCAUAUUUGUUUUGUGAAGCUAAAGUAAACAACAUCAGACCUGCUUGUUUAAAGUGCUUAAAGUGACGUGACAUGUGCAGGACUGAUGCAUUCUGGUGAGCCGCCGCUUCUGGAUACUCAAAGUGUUGCUGUCUUGUCAGCGGUGCUGAAGUCUCUGUGCUUGUUAGGGUGAAAGGAAGUGGAAUGAAAUGCGGCUGAAGGUUGACACGUCCAUCUGACUGUCCGGCCUGGGUCGACAUGGCAGCCGAGAGAAGAUUAGCAGCGCAGACAAGCUCCUGGGGAACAACCUCUGUCUCUGUGCAUCUCUUCACACAGUAGUGAGUCUUUAAGACUGUUUGUUGGGUUGAUUUGUAGAGCUGUAAUAAGCAUCUUCAGUUCAUUUUAUGAAAUCUGAUGAUAAUCCUUGUGUCCCCAUGGUUAUUUUCCCGACUGCCUUCUCAAAAGCAGCAUUUAUUCCCACUGCUGAGGAGCACCCAUUCACCUAUCCAUCCAUUCAACCUUCCUUCUCACUAUUGUUAGCCAAGAAACACCCGCCUGCCCCUCACAUCUUCCUCCAGCCUCUGUCACAGACUCAUCUGCCAUACAUCUGCUAGAAAAGGGAUUUAGUUCUGCUUAAGUUGCUUUUCAUUCGGUCAGGGGGGCCCCGCACAGCAAAGCACUUUUCUCCGGUUUAAGCCCCGAGCAGCACCCAAUCCUGAUGACAACUGCUUGUUUUUCUCAGUCUGGAGUCUGGACAGAUUUGUGCGUGUUCUGGGGCAAACGCUGGAUUGAUUAUGUGCACUUCAUCCAAUGCUAGCUCAUUGGUAGUGAGGCAGACUGAAGUUUUGGAGCUCUCAUUUAUGACUGCAACAGUUGUCUCUACUACAAACAAACAUUCUUCUGCAUGCAAAAAGAAAGAAUAAAAAAGAAUCUCUGAGGGAAUUGUAAAAAUUUUAUUUGCAUUAUAUUUAGCAAAAUUGCAGCGACGGUAUGGUAGCUGAUUCUCUGCCACCCAUAUUGUUUGUUUGUUUUAGCUUCUGUUUUUGUCUUAUACAAAAAAGGGAUCAAUAAAUAUACUGUAUAAUACACCUCCAUGUAUUAAAGCACUGCUGUAGCUCAACUGUGGCUUCAUUAAACCCUGAUUAAAGCUGCUAAUAUGGGAAGCAAAUCGGACAUUAACACUCGUUAGUGGUAUUGAUCUGAUUCUCUGCUGAUGUAUGCGGCUUGUUACAUACUGUGGAUCUUCCAUCACCGUCUCCAGACUGGAUUGAUUUAGUUUGUUUUCUCCUGCCAUUCUGAGUGGAAUUUUCUGAAGCUCUGAUUAGCUGCAAGGCUGUAUUUGAUGAAGAAUAAAAACUCUGUUGAAUUUA